CUUUCACCUGAUAGAAUGGAUGAACAGUCACAAGGCAUGCAGGGGCCUACUGCUCCACCAUUUCAGCCACAGAAAGCGUUGCGACCUGACAUGGGCUAUAACACACUUGCCAAUUUCCGAAUAGAGAAAAAGAUCGGCCGUGGGCAGUUCAGUGAAGUCUACAGAGCAACCUGCCUGUUGGAUGGGGUACCCAUGGCUCUGAAGAAGGUUCAGAUAUUUGAUUUAAUGGAUGCCAAAGCCCGUGCUGACUGCAUCAAAGAAAUAGAUCUUCUUAAGCAACUGAAUCAUCCAAAUGUAAUUAAAUAUUAUGCCUCAUUCAUUGAAGACAAUGAGCUGAAUAUAGUGUUGGAAUUAGCUGAUGCCGGAGAUCUCUCUAGAAUGAUAAAGCAUUUUAAGAAACAGAAGAGGUUGAUUCCUGAAAGAACAGUUUGGAAGUAUUUUGUUCAGCUUUGCAGUGCCUUGGAACAUAUGCAUUCUCGUCGUGUUAUGCAUCGAGAUAUAAAGCCAGCUAAUGUGUUCAUUACAGCUACAGGGGUAGUAAAGCUUGGAGACCUUGGACUUGGUCGAUUUUUCAGCUCCAAAACCACAGCUGCACAUUCUUUAGUUGGUACACCUUAUUAUAUGUCUCCAGAGAGAAUACACGAAAAUGGUUACAACUUCAAAUCUGACAUCUGGUCUCUAGGCUGUCUGCUGUAUGAGAUGGCUGCACUGCAGAGUCCCUUUUAUGGUGAUAAAAUGAACUUGUACUCCCUGUGCAAGAAGAUAGAACAGUGUGACUACCCACCUCUCCCUUCAGAUCACUAUUCAGAGGAACUGCGACAAUUAGUUAAUAUGUGCAUCAACCCGGAUCCAGAGAAGCGACCAGACAUAACCUAUGUCUAUGAUGUAGCGAAACGUAUGCAUGCACACACUGCGAGCAGCUAA